AAUUCCAGGUGACCAUGGCAGACAGAGCUGCAGCUGAAAGAGCAUGCAAAGACCCAAACCCCAUCAUUGAUGGCAGGAAAGCAAAUGUGAACCUGGCAUAUUUGGGAGCAAAACCAAGGAGUAUUCAAACUGGUUUUACCAUAGGUGUGCAGCAGCUACAUCCAGCCUUCAUUCAGAGACCCUUUGGACUCACGCCUCACUAUGUUUACCCCCAAGCUAUCAUCCAGCCCAGCGUGGUGAUCCCUACCCCUGUGCAGUCCAUCACGUCUCCCUACAUCGACUACACCGCCGCCAGCCAAGCCUAUUCCCAGUACACCACAGCUGCCUACGAUCAGUACCCCUACGCUGCUUCCCCCGCUGCCGGGUUUGUGGGAUACGGCUACACGGGCGCAGUCCAGCCUCCCAUCACCACCAGCAACCCAGCGGCGCCCGCCACCGCUUUUGUGCAGUACCAGCCCCAACAGCUGCAGCCCGACCGCAUGCAGUAAGGGCCCUGCCCGCGCCUUUGCCACCUAGGACAAUCUUUUACAAUGGAAGGAUACGACUAGGACAACAAAAGCAACAAAAAAAAACCAAUAAAAGAAACAAAACAAAAAAAGAAAAAAAAUCACCCCGCCCCUUUAUCCCCUUUACGUAGGUGCAUAUCAAUACCUAAGCUAUUUAUAGUGUUAAGGGCGAACCCAAACCCUUGCAGUCUGACUGUGCUCAUGAAAAUGGACUUCUGGUAAGUUGUUUUUUUCAAUCUGGACAGAUACUGUCUUGAAGAUGUUCUAAAAGUGACUGAAAUGUUUCACAGGAAAACUACAGAUUCUUGCACACAUCACAGUCUGCUUCCAUCACCCGUGGUCGUCUUUCUGGCCCUACCCCGUCAGCCCUCCCCUCCUCAUCAAACCUGCAAUCCUCUUAAUUACUGUUGAGGUACAGAGGUACUCGGAGAACAUGGAAAAAAGCAAUCUUAUUUUUUGGUUGUACAAAAACUUUGUAAUACUCAGAGAUGCCUUACAGAAAAAAAAACAAAAGAAAAAGAAAAACUAUUUUUUAAUAUUUAUUGCGAUUUUAUUCGCAUGAGCUGUGAAUUGCAGACAGAAGAAUAGUAGUAUCUGCCUUGUUUAAUUCUCAUUUUACUAAAUUAUUGUAUGUAGGUAAAAGCUCUUAAGUAAUUGCUGAAUCACUCAACAUGCAAAAGGGAAUAUUGGCUUGAAGGAGAGCAGAAUAUUCCUUUAGUCAACGCACUGUACUAUUUUCUUAUUGUAAUUGUUACUCUGUUAAGAUUAUCUCAAAUUUAGGUAUAUUUUUAAAUGCAAAAAACCAACCAAGAAUACCGAACAUUUUGUCUACUUUGGUAGAUCUUUUGUUACAAUGCUGCAACCUAUGGAGACAUUUACAGUAUUUAUGUAAAAGAGAUUUGGGGCUGUUGGCCAGCAAAGCUUAGGAGAAUUAUGAGUGGAGCAAAAGAGAAAAAGGUGUUAUGUCAUUGAACAAAUGGGUAAACGUAACCUUUUUAUGCCUAUAAUCCAACAGCCAAAUAAAGGAAGAGAACAGACGAUGUAAGUUAAGUGCAUUUCUACAAAGAACAGCAAUAAACUGUUUUAACUUUUAAAAUUAUUCGAUACUGUAUGGUACCAUGUUUGCUUGGCUGGAGUCCAUUAGGGGGUACUUUCAAAUUGACCUGAUCUGGCUACGCUGGGCCUUCGCCUGCGAGCAUGCCAGGGUGGGUUGGGAGCAUGUGGCCUGCGGUGCAGCGGAGCAGCAGAGCCUGGCAAGAGCCCCUGCUCGCAUCCUGACCCAGCAUUGCAUCACACAGGCAUUGCCUGGGCACAGCCGUCCCUCGCAGCGUGUCCCGUGCACCGUUGCUCACUCUGCACGUCCCAAGUCACCUGUAGCUCUUGGCACCUCGGGGUUUUUGAGCUCUUGGAGCGUCGUGCCGGAGCUGUGCGGUCCCCAGUGCUUGUGCCCAGCACUGGGCGCUUGCUCACACCCAUCCUGUGUGGAGCAGAGGGUGUAAAGUGCUGCCAUCCUGGUGCAGCUGCAGUGGAAACCAGGACAGCUGAGAUCAGAUCUUACCCCAGAAUCCUCAGGAUAUCACUUUCCUUCUGUUAUUUGCUUAGAAUAAGUUUUUUUUCCUAAAUGGAAUCCAUCCAAAAGUGAGUGGUCUGCCAAAGCCCUGUCCCAGUUCAGGGAUCUCUGAUCCGGCCGGGCAUGGGCAAGCUGUGGGCAGUGGUGAGGCUCUGGCAGGGUGCUCGCACCCCUGAGCUUCCUUUGCGUUACUCAGCCACAUUCGACUUUCCCUCACCAACUUGCUUUAGAAAUUUGGUUCUCAGAUUUUGACCAUUACAAACUGUGAAUAUUGGCUUUUAAAAGUAAAUAAAAUUGCUCUAUUUG